UUGAGGGGCCUGUGCUCCCAAUGGGUGCCAGACGCCUAGGUCCCCCACCCUGGCCUGGUCACCUCACGCUGGUGACAGCCACAACACCCAGGAGGAGCACCCACGUUGCCUUCCCCCCUCACCCCAGGCUGUCUCUGGCAUGGGGGUGGACUAGGUGCCCCCCCAUGCCUCAGUUUCCCCCCACCCUUGGGCUUAACCCCUUCUAGCCUGGCAGGAUGGCUGCAGCCCAAAUGCCUGGGCUCACCGCCAGCCCCAUAUCUGCCUAGGGUGCCCAGCGGCUGCGUGGGUGCUGAGCUCCCCCGCUUUGCCCCAAGAAUGCCGCCUGCCAUCUUCCUCCUCCUCCUCCUCCUCGGGGGGCCAGGGGGGACAGCGCUCUCCUUCCCCCAGGACCUGGUGGCCCGCAGCACCGUGGGGCUGGCAGGCACCGCAACCUACCCCCGCUUCAGUGGCCUCCGGGAUGACAACAUCACGGCCCAGCUGGGCCUCGACUUCCAGCGUAUGCUGCGCCUCAAUGGCACCCUCUUCGUGGCAGCCCGCGACCAUGUUUAUGCCUUCGACCUGGGGCAGGACAAGCGGACGCUGUACCCCGAGCGGCAUCUCACCUGGGAGACGCGGGACAGGGAGAACUGCGCCAUGCGGGGCAAGCUGCAGGGUGAGUGCUACAACUACAUCAAGGUGCUGGUGCCGCGGGAUGCCCGGACCCUCUUCGCCUGCGGGACCAAUGCCUUCAACCCCCUGUGCCGCACCUACGAGGUGGGCAGCCUGGCGCAGGAGGGCGAGGAGGUGAGCGGCCAGGCCCGGUGCCCCUUCGACGCCAAGCAGAGCAACGUCGCCCUCUUUGCUGGUGGGUGCCUGGAGCCGAUGGGGGGGGGUACCCUGGGAGGGAGACAGGGUCCCUGGGGGGGGGACACCAGAGGCUGCAGGAGAUGGGGACAUGGAGCACAGAGUCCUGCUGGCUGUGGGGCACAGGGGCUGGAGGGAGCAGAGCCAGCCUCAGAUCCCUGGGUCCCCCCCGGGCAGGCCUGCUGCGGGGGGCUCACAGCUCACUGUCCCCCAGAGCCCCACUUCGUGCAGGCCCUGCCCUAUGGCCCCUAUGUCUACUUCUUCUUCCGGGAGAUCGCCGUGGAGCUCAGCGCCAUGGGCAAGGUGGCGGUGGCGCGCGUGGCCCGGGUAUGCCGCAACGACCGCGGGGGCUCGCCGCGGGUGCUCGAGCGCCGCUGGACCUCCUUCCUCAAGGCCCGGCUCAACUGCUCAGUGCCGGGUGAUGCUGUCUUCUACUUUGAUGUGCUGGAGGCUGUGACACCCCCCCGGCACCUGCAUGGGCGCCCCGCCAUCCUCGCCCUCUUCGGCACCCAGCGCAACAGGCAUGGGGCCCAGCGACCUGGGGAUGGGGGGCACAAGGACGUGGGGACACGGGCUCAUGGGGGAUGGAACAAGGGCAUAUGGGGACAUGGGCACAUGGGAUGGGGACAGGGCAAGGGAGUAGGGGACAUGGCAUGUGUGAGGCCCUGGUGCAAGCAUGUGCAAAGGCAUGUUGCAAGGGCAGGAGAUAUCAUGGUACAAGACUAUGGAAGACCCCAGUGUGAGGGCAUGCAAAGGCCUGGUGCAAGGCUGCGGUGUGAGCGUGUUUUGCGGUACAGGCUGACACAGCUGGCGGUGGACGCGGGCGCGGGGCCACGGGGGAACCACACCGUGCUUUUCCUGGGUGCCGAGGACGGGCGGGUGCUGAAGGUGCUGGCAGCGCCACGAGACCCUGCUGACGUGCCAGAGCCCGGUGACACCCGGGAGGCUGGUGACACCCGGGAGCUCGGCUCUGAGGCACUGCUGCUGGAGGAAAUCAGCCUCUAUGACCCCGGGCGGUGCCGGGGGCCACGGGGCGCCAGCCGGGUGCUGGGCCUGGAUUGCGUGGGCCUGCCAGCUGGUGGCUGUGUCCCCUUCUCCGAGGACCUCCCGUCAGGCUUCGAGCAGGAUGUGGACGGAGCCCCUGGGCUUGCAGGAGCCUGCCAAGACAUGCCAGCCACAGGGGACAGCAAUGGUGACGAGGACUUGGCGCAUGGGGUGAGACAGGACUCCCCAGGCACCUCAGUGCCACUGCCAGUGCUGGCAGGCUGCCUGCAGGGAGCCUUC